AUGUCCUCAAUAUACUUCAAUGGAUUUAAUUCUGAUUUUCAGGUCGGAAUCAACAAUGGUGCGAUCCAGCUUCAUGUCCCACCAGAACGGCCCGAAACACCGCCCCAUCCACUCUCCACCGUUCCGUUCCGUCGCGAUCCAGACUUCGUCGAUCGCGGGACACUUCUCGACCAGAUCCGUGAAAAGUGCUCCGUUCCUGCUUCUCGAAUCGCGCUUGUCGGUCUCGGUGGCGUUGGGAAAUCGCAACUUGCCAUCGAAUACUGUUACCAAGUCCGCGAGAGUUUCCCGAACACGUGGGUCUUCUGGGUACACACGAGUAACGCUGCUCGAUUCGAGCAAGGCUUCCGGGAAAUUGCCGACCGUGUCAAACUCCCCGGUCGCAAAGAUCCUAAGGCCAAUAUCUUCCAAAUAGUUGGGGACUGGCUUAGCGAAGAGAGAAGAGGGAAAUGGAUCCUAGUUCUGGACAACGUCGAUGACGAUGAGUUUCUGAGCAAGGCUGCUCCUGGUGACUCAGGCAGUACAAUGGGGAAGUCACUCUUGGACUAUAUUCCUCAGAGUUCUAAUGGAUCCAUCAUCAUCACCAGUCGCAGUGCAGCGGUGGCAGCGCGGAUAGUCGAGCCGAGGGAUAUCAUCGCAAUUGGACCGAUGCACAAGACGGAUGCGCGACUGCUCUUUCAGAAGAAGCUUGAUGUUCAAGACGACCGUGCUGGAGAUGAGGUGGAUGAGCUUAUGGCCGCCCUGGAGUAUAUGCCGCUUGCGAUCGUACAAGCCGCAAGCUACAUCAGAUACCGCUUGCCACGCUUUUCAGUGUCACAUUAUUUGCAACUGUUCCAGAAGAGUGAUCGCAAGAAGCUGAGUCUUUUGGAUUACGAAGGGGGCCACCUUCGUCGAGACCGAGAAGCGCAUAAUUCGAUCAUGCUCACCUGGCAAAUAUCUUUCGAUCACCUACGGCGAGCCAGGCCUUCGGCAGCAGAUCAGUUGUCUCUGAUGAGCUUUUUCGACAGACAAGGGAUUCCUGGAGCUCUGCUUCGUAUCCAAGAGAACAAAGAUGCUCAUCAGGUAGGCCCACGGGAGACAAAUAUGGUGACUAUAAGUGAUGAAGAGAGCACAUCCGGCCAUGACGACCAGUUCGAAAACGAUGUCAUGACACUAAGAGACUAUUCUCUCAUCUCAAUAACAGAUAAAGAUGUCUUUGAAAUGCAUCGUCUGGUGCAACUCGCCACACGCAAGUGGCUCGACGCAUAUGGGCAGCUUGAACAUUGGAGAGAACGUUUCAUCAUUAUCCUUGACGAGUCCUUCCUAACAGGAGGGUUUGGGUAUUGGGAAAGAUCUCAAGUACUCUUCCCGCAUGUACGAAUGGCUGUGCGACAAAGGCCAGACACAGAACACUGUUUCCAAAACUGGGCAGCGCUCAUGUACAAGGCAGCCGCGUAUGCAGCGAUCAAGGGGAAUUGGGCGGAGGCAGUGAAUAUGGCAGUAAAGACCGAGAGAGCAGCAGCAAAGCUGUUAGGCCAAGAGCAUCCUAUCACACUACAGUGCACGCAAAUGAUAGGGUUGGUGUGCAUAGUGAAAGGGGAACUGCACAAGGCCGAGUUGUGUUUCGCACAAGUGAUGAACAUCCGGAAGCGAGUGCUGGGCUGCCAACACCCAGACACCUUGAAGACCAUGUCUCACCUUGCAUCAGCAUACUCGACCCAAGCUCGAUUCAAGGAAGCUGAAGAGCUGGGAUUGCAAAUCAUGAAGGCCCACAAGUCAACGCCGGGCCCUGAGCAUCCUGAGAUAUUGCAUUGCAUAGGUCGACUUUCAAUGAUCUACCUAGCGCAAAACCGAUUGAGAAAAGCCGAAGAGUUGGGCGUACAAGUCUUCAACGGCUUGAAGAGAAUAUUAGGGCCAAACCAUCCCGACACAUUGCUCAGUAUGCACAACCUCGCAAACACAUACUGGCAUCAGGACCGGCGGACAGAAGCCGAAGAGCUAAUACUGCAAGUAAUAAGUACAUACAAAAGUGUGCUGGGUCCUACCCAUCCUAACACAUUUCUGAGCAUGAGCCUGCUGGCAAAAAUAUAUUCAGAUCAGGGCCGACUAGACGAAGCUGAAGAGUGGGAAGUUCAAGCCAUGGACGGUCUGAAGAGAGAAUUAGGCCCCGAGCACCCAAGCACGCUAAUGUGUGCCGCCUGCCUCGCAGCCACGUAUGGAGAACAGGGCCGAUGGAAGGAAGCCCAAAAACUGCAGGUACAAGUACUGGCUGCUUGGAAUGCAGUACUGGGCCUCCACAAUCCUCACACGCUGGCCAUCAUGCACGACCUUGCAAUUACUCUGAAGAAGCUGGACCAAGAAGCCGAGGCCCUCGACUUACUUACAGAGUGCACGCAGUUAAGUACACGUGUUUUAGGCGCUGAUGACCCCGUAACUAUGUCCUUCAAUGCGAUGCUGGUCCGCUGGCAAACCGAGAUGCUGCGCAGAAUUCAUUGA